AUGGCGGAGUCAGAGUCUGAGAACAAGCUGGAUGGAGAGACCGCAUCAGACAGCGAAAGCAAAUCUGAAUUUGGAGGAUCGCCCCCAGUGCCGACAUCUGAUGACACUCCAGAGGUCCUGAACAGAGCUCUCUCCAACCUGUCCUCAAGAUGGAAGAAUUGGUGGGUAAGAGGCAUCCUCACGCUGGCAAUGAUCACCUUCUUCUUCAUCAUCAUCUACUUGGGACCCAUGGUCUUAAUGACAAUAGUGAUGUGUGUCCAGAUCAAAUGUUUCCACGAGAUUAUCACGAUCGGCUAUAAUGUGUACCACUCGUACGACCUGCCGUGGUUCAGGACGCUCAGCUGGUACUUCCUGCUCUGCGUCAACUACUUUUUCUAUGGUGAGACUGUGACAGACUAUUUCUUCACCCUGGUUCAGAGAGAGGAGCCCCUGCGAAUUCUCAGCAAAUACCACCGCUUCAUUUCUUUCGCCCUCUACUUAACAGGUUUCUGCAUGUUUGUCUUGAGUCUGGUGAAGAAACACUAUCGCCUCCAGUUCUACAUGUUUGGAUGGACCCAUGUGACGUUGCUAAUUGUUGUUACCCAGUCGCACCUCAUCAUUCACAACCUGUUUGAAGGAAUGAUAUGGUUCAUCGUCCCAAUUUCCUGCGUGAUCUGCAAUGACAUCAUGGCGUACAUGUUCGGGUUCUUCUUCGGCCGCACACCGCUUAUCAAGCUCUCCCCAAAGAAGACCUGGGAGGGUUUUAUUGGAGGAUUUUUUGCCACCGUUCUGUUUGGAUUGCUGCUGUCCUACGUGAUGUCUGGGUACCGGUGCUUCACCUGUCCGGUGGAGUUCAACAACGAUACCAACAGCUUCACAGUGGACUGUGAGCCGUCCGAGCUGUUCCAGCUUCAGGAGUACAACAUCCCCUUGGUGCUGCAGUCCGUGGUGGGCUGGAAGACAGUCCGGAUGUACCCCUUCCAAAUCCACAGCAUUGCGCUGUCUACUUUCGCCUCCCUCAUUGGGCCGUUCGGGGGCUUCUUCGCUAGUGGAUUUAAGAGGGCCUUCAAAAUCAAGGACUUCGCCAACACAAUCCCGGGGCACGGAGGUAUCAUGGACCGCUUCGACUGUCAGUACCUGAUGGCCACCUUCGUAAACGUGUACAUCGCAAGCUUUAUCAGAGGUCCCAACCCAAGCAAACUGAUCCAGCAGUUCUUAACUUUGCGGCCGGACCAGCAGCUCCACAUCUUCAACACGCUAAAAGCACACCUUGUUGACAAGGGGAUGUUAGGUAGUUUGGAGGACGCAUAGACAGCGGGCGAUUGGAACGGGACUGAAACCAGACAAGCCUCUUUGAGGAAAUUCCUGGCUUGCCUGAUUUAAGACAAUAACAAGGCCUCAUUUCACUGUAACUUUUCUUCCUUUCUCGGUAAAUGUUUGCAUUUGUGGGUUUUUUAAAUAAUGUAUUUAUAUAGCUUUGGUUCAAACGAGCAAAUCUUGGGUUUGUAGCUGAAAAGGAGUUAAAGCUUGGAAGGACUGUUGGGUGAAGUAGGAGGGUACGACUGUCCUCGUGGUCUGUUCUUAACCUUCGAUGCAGGUGGGCAGA